AUGGCGCAGAGUAUUGCAAUUCUUUCCGUGAUUCCGAGGUUAUCUUACCAUCUUCGAAUGAAACUUCCAAAUUCAACGAUAUUUGACGUUUUUCCAGGUACUACUUUUGACAUACACUUUUCCUCAUAUUCAUAGAGCUCGAAUUUCCUCAGCUCAAAAGAUCUUUCGCAGCAAGCACGUGUUAAAACGCACUGUUACUACGAUUUGCUUGAGCACUGUAUUUGCGCAUUUGGGUUUAGAUAUUGGCGGAAAACCCACCCAAUUUAAAUUUUCAAUACAUUCUUCAAUUCGCAUAAACUUAGAAACUAUAUUUUUCUGUUCAUCAUUCUUAUGUAAACCAAUUUCACUGUACAAUGUAAAUAUCAUUUUUCAUUGAGGAAAUCAUUUUUCUUUUUUUUUUCUUUCAGAUAAAUGUGAUACAUUAUCAAAAUUACAAAAUGCAGAUAUAGUGGUAACUGACUGUGAUUUGUUUUUGCCAUACACAGAUAAAUUGCCAUCUGUAAAAUGGGUACAAACAACAUGGGCUGGUAUUGAAUCGCUAAUUUCAAAUCUGAGAGAUAAAAAAAUUAAUUAUACACUUACACGUUUCUCAGACGAGAGUCUUGCUUUAGCUAUGUCUGAAUAUGUAAUAGCACACAUUUUUAAUUUUGAACGUAAUCAAAGACAGCAGUAUCAAAAUCAAGAAAAUAAAGAAUGGAUAACGGAUGGAAAAAUUUCUGAUUACAAACUUAUUUCUGACUUAUCUGUGGGUAUUCUAGGGUUAGGAAAUAUUGGAAAAACAAUUGCAGAAAAAAUAAAAAUGUUUGGUGCCACCAUAUGGGGAAUGACAAGAACACCACUUAAGAAGAGAUUAAAUUAUAUUGACGAACAUAGAACAAUUGAACAUUUGCCUGAAGUGCUAAUAAACUGUGAUUAUAUUAUUAAUGUCUUACCAUCUACACCUAGUACUUUAGGUUUAUUAAAUGGAAAUAUGUUAGAAAAUUGUAAAAAUCGUGGUAGUAUUUUUAUCAAUAUAGGUCGAGGUACUAUCAUUAAAGAGACAGAUUUAUUAAAUGCACUUGAGCAACAAUGGAUCUUAGGAGCAAUUUUAGAUGUGUUUGCAGAAGAACCAUUGUCUGGAAAAAGUAAAUUGUGGUCAUUACCACAGGUUACGAUUACACCACACACUUCAGGUGUAAGCCGUGCACAAGAUAUUGCAAACUAUUUCGUUCAAAAUUAUCAAAGAUACAUUAAAGGUGAAAAAUUGCUAAAUAUAGCAAAUUUAGAAGAGGGCUAUUAA